CAAGUUCAGCUGCCCAGCACCAGUGUCUGAAUUUCAUUUGGGAGUGAAACCUGCAACACACGUUCCUGAGACCUGGGAACCCUCCAUGAACAAGGAAAGCUGCUUAUGGCUGUAUAUCAGGCUAUCAGACCAGCGCGACAAUGUGUUAAGAAAAAUCUCCCUGCUCGUAGUGCCUACAGAAGGUUGCCAGUAAGCAGAGAUCCUCAUCGUGCCUAUGAAGUGCAGGGAGCGAAGUGCUGGCGCAGGGUUCUCUGAGAUGCUGGCCUUUGAGGAGGCCCUGGAGAUGCCACGGGAGGAUCAACUCACUCAUUUACACAGUGGGGAGGAAGGACUGCGCUCCCUUACGGAAAUGGAGAGUUAAACCCCCAGCGGGGGUCUCCCCAAAACAAAGAGAAAAAUGGAGGACAGAAGGGGCUUGUUUGGAUGGGAAACGAACCACACCAAUUUCUGAGUAACAUCUGGGACAUCUGUUGUGUAUGGCAUUACAAUACAUUAUGCAAAUACUGGUGAAUGAUCCUUCCCAAUACCUCUGCAGAGCAGAAGAAUUAAUAUUAUUGUCCCCAUUUUACAGACUAAGGUCAGUUCAUAUUUUCUGCAUCUCCUGUAUCUCAUUGUUCAACUAGUUUGUUCCUAAAAAUACAGAACUCCCCACACUGGGCAGAGUCUACAACAUCAGAGAAGAGCCGCUUGCGUCAUACUGGUGUAAGUGAUCGGUUGUAUUAGAAGGUACAAGAAAUGCUAGGCCUUGCAUCAGAAAAUCCUGAAGAUACUGGUUUUGUCAUUGAAAUGAAAACGUGAAGUUCUGUUUCAUUUUCUCUCUAACUUAUAUUUCUUCUAAAAUUCCCUAUGUAAAAAUGUAGAGCGGUACAACUCCCAGCUGAGGUCCAGCAACAGGCAGGACCUGCUGCACCUGGGGCCUCUAGUGCUGUUGUCAGUCCUAGCCAUGACAAAAUAUCACCAGGCAGAAAAGACAAAGCUGGUUAAUGCAGGCUGGAGAUUUCACCUUGCACAUACUUAGAUACCUUGAAGUGGUCUGACGGUCACCGGGGAAAUGGAGGUGCCUGGGAGUUUGCUGGGGCAAGACUGAGCAGCCAUGCUGUGGGGCUUGGUGCGGUGAGCCUGGAGGACCAAUGUUGGGUUUCUCCCCCAUGGGGAUGGUGGGCAAGUGUUCCCUCUCCAUCAGUUGGCUCUUUUUGUCUGAGUGGGACAGCAUUGCCCCAGGGAGGCCAAGGUGGGUUUGUGAGGCUGGAUACUACUGUGACAACCACUCCAGAGGUGGAGGGGGCUGCGGCAUGCCCUUGCCCUCCCUGCUCACUGCAAGCCAGCCCUGCAGCCCGUCAGCCUGGGCAGGCUGAGAGAACAAUGGCUGUGGUGACAUCAGCUGGGCAAAGACUGUGGCCAAGUGGGCACCAGACGUGGUGGGACGCAGGGCAGCUGCCAGCAGGGCCUGCUCCCCACAGGCAGCCCUCCUGGGCUUGGACCGCAGCUGGAGGGUUUGUUUCAAGGUGCUUCCUCUCCCUCUCUGCUGGCUAGACUGCAAUGUUUGGUUAUCAGUAAAAUACAGUAAAAAAGGGGAGUUGACAGGCAGGGUUGCCAUGCUCCCUGCAGGUUCCUCUGUGGACAGGUGCUGGUGCUACACCUGCACAACUCACAGCACAGGUGCUGGGCUGGAAGGGGCGGUGGGGCCCAGGGGCUCCCCACAGACAUCACCAUUCCAGGCCUGGAGGGGAGAUGGUGGCCGGAGGGCUCCCCACAGCCCUCUUGGGGAAGCAGGGACGAAGAUGGUGUCCUGCUACUUCUCACGUCCCUGAGGUGCGAGCAGGUGGGCGGCCUGCCACAGCCUGCUGCCUCCCUCCUCAGGGAGCCACAGGCUCAUGGCUCCUCUGCAGGUGCCUGCAGUGAUGGGAGAGUGCGGACAUGGAAUCACGGAGUCACUGAAACAAAGAAUAGUUUGGGUUGGAAGGGACCUUUAAAGGUCAUCUAGUCCAACCCCCUGCAAUGGGCAGGACAUCUUUAACUGGAUUAGGGUGUUGGGGGGUGGAGGUGGCCAGGCUGGCCAGCCCUGCUGCAGUGGGGCAGAGGAACACCUCUGCUCCCAUAGGCAGCUCUGGGUGGCAGCUCUGCCUGUGGCAUAAACCUGCUAAUGUAAAUUAAACUUAUCUGGGAGAGAAGGAAACUGACCCCCCGUGGUUCCUCUAAGGACUAGAAACUAAUCUGUAUGUGGAACUCGCACUAUAACCCAAUACUUGUCUGGCAAUGCUGCUGUUUCUCCUUUAAAGAAUUUUUGGCUAAGCAGCUGUUUGGGGUGGAGGUAUUGCAACAGAGGCUUUCAGUUUCAGUUUUUUUUCCUCUCUGCUCUAAGAAGAAAGGAUAUCCAGCAGAAUAAAAAGAAAAAUCAUGACAGAAGAGAGCAGUUUCUGCAAAAAUUGUAAACGAGAUGUGUCUGCUGCCAAUUUCUCCCUCCAUGAGGCCCACUGCUUGCGGUUUCUCACUCUCUGUCCAGAAUGUGAUGAACCGGUUGCCCAAAAGGAUAUGAAAGACCAUCAAACAGAAGCACACAAGCAGGUCAGAUGUAAUCUUUGUCACCAAAGCAUGCAGCAAUACCAACUGGAGCAUCAUGAGACCAAGGAAUGCCACAAACGAGCAACGAAAUGCAAGAUCUGUGAGCUUGAAAUGCCCUUCAACGAGCUGGAGGAACACUGGAACACCUGUGCCAGCCGAACAGAGAGGUGUUGGGAGUGUAACAAAUACAUCAUGUACAAAGACCAGAACAAACACAAAGAUACUUGUCAGAACAGUGGUCUGUCCUGUCAAAAGGAUGUGAACUUUCAAACCAGCGAAGCAUCUACUAAUGCAACAUUUAUUUGCCCCACUGGUACUGGUGGCAACCUUUGUCAGAAGUGCAAUAAGUCAUUCCCAGAUGACCAGUACUCCCAACAUCUGGAUAAAUGCAGUGCGGUCCAUAAGCUGACAAAAGUUCUUGCUGGCCAGUCAACUUCAAAACUCAGCAGUGAUCCACCGCAGUCUUCUUCCUCCCUGGCUCCUUCCAGCUCCCAGAAUGCAAUGGCGUGGAAAGAUGUCCGACCCAAAGGGAAAGAAAGGGACCAGCCAUUGACCUCCAAAACCUUGCUUAAACCCCCAAAGAACAAAAAGAUUGCCUUUCCCUCUCUCACAAGAGGCGGACUUUCCACAUCACCUCAAGCUCUGAAAGACACCCAGUCUUUUGACAUGCUGGUAACCUGUGCCCAUUGCAACAUUAUUCUGCCACUUCCAACCCUUCAGAAACAUGAGAUCAAAUGUCAUCGUUUGACAUCUUUGAAAAAUGCUAGGAUGAAACGAAAAUCAAGCCAUGGAGAAAAAGAGAAAGUGCAUCUAGAAAAGCUAAUACUCAGAAUAUCACAAAGUCUCUAGAUUCCAACACACAAAGACUCAUGCUACAGCACUCAUGAUUAAAUCUGGAAAUAGAGGCACAUCCUCAGUUUGAAGCUUCAACUCCGUUUUAGCAAAAGGCACUGAAAGUGCAAUAGCUUUAUUGACAAAUAAAACUGGCUU